AUGAGUGCAAGAGAUAGUACUCCUAACUCAGAAAAUAUUUCUGCAGCUCCUCAAACAACAGAAGAGGCUCUUGAAGGCCGUAUAGAACAGUCACUCCAAACAGACGAAGAAAAACUCAGAACGUAUCUUGGAGAUACGUUAAUUCCGCUUCUUGCUUACGGUUUGGAUGAACUUGAAAGAAUUCGUCCACCGGAUCCAGUGUUAUUCCUUUCACAUUUCUUAUUACGUCAUAAUCCUCGCCGUUCUUAUCAAUAA